AUGUUCACUCGCCUCCUAUCAGCUCUUCCUUCCUUUGUCUUCCCUCUCUCCCUCUCUCCGUCCUUCCUCCUCGCCGUCUUUGUCAUUGCCGCGGUAGCCGUCGUUUUCCUGGCAACGCACGGGAUCAAACCUGCGGUUGGCGGCUCUCUGCCCUGCCUGCCCACGCUCCCGGUGCUGGGCAGCCUGCCCUGGCUGAGAGGGGAGCUCCCUCCUCACCUGCUCUUCACUCAGCUCGCCCGCAGGUACGGCUCUCUAUUUGCUCUCCACCUGGGCCCUGACUACGUGGUGGUGGUGAACAGCCACCUCCACGCCAGAGAGGUGCUGCUGCAGAGAGGGAAAGACUUUGCGGGACGUCCCAGCAUGGUGACCACUGACCUGCUGACCCGAGGCGGUAAAGACAUCGCCUUCUCAGACUACACUCCUCUCUGGAAGCUUCACCGCCGCCUCGUCCACAACUCCUUCACUCUGUUCGGAGAAGGAAGCAGCCGCCUGCAGGACAUCGUUCUGUCCGCUGUGGACGGUCUGUGUGCUGAGCUGUUGUCCGGCGGGCGGCGUGGCUUUGACCCGUCUCCCGCGGUGACCCGCGCCGUCACCAACGUGGUGUGCACGCUGGUGUUCAGCGCCACCUAUCGCCCCGGCGACGCCGAACUGCAGGAAGUGAUGCGCUACAACGACGGCAUCGUGCAGACGAUCGCCAGGGGAGGACUGGUGGACAUUUACCCCUGGAUGAAGGUGUUUCCUAACAAGAGUCUCAGUAAACUGAAAGACUAUAUCACCAUCAGAGAUCGACUGCUGUCUCGCAAACUGGACGAGCACAAGGCAUCUCUCAGUGACGGCGACCCCCGGGAUCUCCUGGACGCUUUGCUGAAGGGAAAAACAGACAGCGCGGCGAGUCAAAGGUCCUCCGGGUCUGAAGAGACGAUCACAGACGACCACGUCCUGAUGACAGCCGCCGAGGCGUUCGGAGCCGGCGUGGAGACAACGUCCACCACGCUGCUGUGGAUCCUCGCCUACCUGCUGCAUCACCCCGAGGUUCAGGAGCGCGUGCAGAAGGAGCUGGACGAGCACGUGGGCGGCGAGCGAGCAGUGUGUGUGUCGGACCGCGGCCGGCUGCCGUACCUGGACUGUGUCAUCAACGAGGGCAUGAGGAUCCGCCCGGUCAGCCCCGUGCUGAUCCCGCACACCGCCAGGACCGACAGCAGUAUCGGCGGUCACGCGGUCCGUCGUGGGACUCGUGUUUUGGUGAACAUGUGGUCGAUUCACCACGACCCCCAACACUGGGACAAACCUGACCUCUUCAACCCAGAUCGUUUCCUGGACGACCACGGGCAGCGGGCCACGCCCCCCUGCUUCCUGCCGUUCGGGGCGGGGCCUCGGGUCUGCGUCGGCGAAUCGUUGGCCCGGCUGGAGCUCUUCCUCUUCCUGUCCUCGCUGCUGCAGCGAAUGAGCUUCACGCAGCCACACGGGGCUCCCCCGCCCAACCUGCAGGGGCGGCUGGGCGUCGUCCUGCAGCCCUUACCGUAUCAGGUCGUGGUCACUCCGAGGGCGGGCUGGGAGGCCGCGGCAAAAUGAA